AUGACGAAGCAGAAUGUGGUAGUUUCCGAUGCUGAAGCAGAAAUCAUGAACAUGGCUAUAUCGGUGGCCGUUUCGAACUCUUCCAUUUUCACGGCGGUGGCCGAAAAGCCUCCCGUGGGCCCGCCUGGGUACAUCUCCAUUUCCAGGAAGAGGUUCUUGAACUUGAAUCUUGACAGCAUCAAUGGAGCUGAAAGAAUCAACUCUUGGGUGGACUCAAUGAGAGCUUCUUCUCCCACCCACUUAAAGUCCUCAUCUUUUUUGAAAGAGGACCAAAGCUCAUGGAUUCUUCAGCACCCAUCAGCCUUGGACAUGUUUGAGCAGAUUAUUGAUGCUUCCAAAGGCAAGCAAAUCGUCAUGUUCAUGGACUACGAUGGCACACUAUCCCCCAUAGUUGAAGACCCAGAUCGAGCUUUCAUGUCUGAUGCAAUGAGAAAGACAGUGAAGAAAGUGGCUAGAUGUUUUCCCACUGCCAUAGUGAGUGGAAGAUGCAGAGAUAAGGUGUAUAAAUUUGUAAGGUUGGCAGAGCUGUACUAUGCUGGUAGCCAUGGUAUGGACAUUAAAGGUCCAGCCAAAGGUUCCAAAUACAAGAAAGGCAGUCAAGGUGUUCUUUGCCAACCAGCAAGUGAAUUUCUCCCAAUGAUUGAUGAGGUUUACAAACUACUUGUUGAAAAGACCAAAUCAACUCCUGGAGCCAAAGUGGAGAACAACAAGUUCUGCCUCUCUGUUCAUUUCCGUUGCGUUGAUGAAAAGAAAUGGAGUGAACUGGCCUUGCAAGUUAGAUCCGUUUUGAAGGAGUUCCCAAAGCUCAGACUUACCCAAGGAAGAAAGGUGCUAGAAAUCCGUCCUACCAUCAAAUGGGACAAAGGCAAGGCUCUUGAAUUUCUGCUAGAGUCACUAGGAUAUGCCAACUGCGCCGAUGUCUUUCCUGUUUACAUCGGAGAUGAUCGAACGGAUGAAGAUGCAUUCAAGAUAUUAAGGGAAAGAGGACAAGGUUUUGGCAUUCUCGUCUCAAAAAUUCCAAAGGAAACCACCGCGACGUAUUCUUUACAGGAACCAGCUGAGGUUAUGGACUUUCUCCAGCGUUUGGUUGAGUGGAAACGACAGUCAAUUCGGGCCCAUUCCAUGCUGUAA